AUGAGGAGCCGCUCAGCAUUGCUGUUGCAUCCAGAGGCUGCAGGUCCCAAGGCAACAGACCCAAACUGCCAUGGACUAAACCCACCACAACUCUCACAUGGGAAUGUGGACUUGGCAGAGAAGCUGGACUGGCGAUCCCAGGAGAAGCUCUGCGGUAUCUGGACACGAAAAGCCCAAGUCAAGCGUGGGAAAGAACCAAGACGAUCUGAGUGUCAGGUCACCCCAGGAUAUGGCUGUGGGCAGCCACGAAGAUGGAAAGAAUGGAUUGGUGCCUUGCUUCUAGCAGGUUGGUGCAAGGACUUCCUGAGAGCUCAAGAAGGAAGUGCUGUUCAGCAAGUGACAAAAGCAAAGGACUUCUCAGAGGAGAUGGCAUCAGAUUUCAAGAUUCCAUAUACAAGAUCAAUUUGGUUUUCUGACAUUUUCAACCUUGCUGACAUGGGUACAUUAAAGAACUACAGCUCUAAGAAGCUCAACCUUAAAGGUGCAGUGGCUGCCAAAGGAAAUCACUUUCCCGCCACCAAGGAGGCGGCGGCGGCGGCGGGAGUGGCGGAGUCUCCAGCCCGGCCCGGAGUGAACGAGCUGCGGGGCUCCAGGGCGCAUCCCAGUCCCCGCAGCACCUCCUCCUCCGCCGCCGCCUCCUUCCCCUCCUCCUGGCUUCAUUCACCCUCCCAGCCGCCGCGCAGCCGAUCACUCCCGGCGCAGGGCAGCAGCGCCUGCCGCGGCUUCUCCGCGCCUGCCGGGCCCGGGCCGGGGCGCUCGCGGGCU